AUGGAUGAAAUUGAAAAUUUCUUUAAUAUUUCCAAAGAUUUUAAACGUGUUAGUGCCCCAGCUUCGGUACCUAAACCUAAACUGGAACCCGUUGCAUCGACAUCAAGAAAAAUAAAACGGGAAUCCGAUGAUAAAAGUUAUUACAAAAUUAAAGUACCAAAAUUGGAAUCUGAAGAUCAAAAGAAACGACCAAAACUCCAAUUACCCGAGCACAGUAGUGAUACAUUCUCUGAUGAUUACGGCAAUGAAAUCAAUAGUAAUCCCUAUUUGAAUAUUGACGAUGGUGUCUAUGAUAAUUUUGAAUUUAAUCUGGAAAGAGAUUCUUCGUUGCCCAUACAUGAUGCCAAAGAUGAAAUUUUGGAUACAAUACGUAAAAAUCCAGUGGUAAUAAUUGAAGGUGAUACGGGAUGUGGAAAAACUACACAGGUACCCCAAUACAUACUGGACGAUGCCUAUCGACGUCGGCAAUAUUGUAAAAUUGUGUGUACUCAACCAAGGCGUAUAGCAGCAAUAUCGAUAGCCAAGCGGGUGUGUAAUGAACGCAACUGGCAGGAAGGAACAGUGGUUGGCUAUAAGGUUGGUCUUCAUUCCAACGUUAGCGAUUAUACACGCUUGCUAUAUUGUACAACGGGUGUUCUAUUACAAAAGCUAAUAGGAGAGAAGACCCUCAACCCCUACACACAUAUUAUUGUCGAUGAGGUCCACGAACGUGAUCAAGAAAUGGAUUUUUUACUGAUUGUUUUGAGAAGGCUUUUGUUGACAAAUUCACGACAUGUUAAAGUUAUAUUAAUGUCGGCCACAAUGGAUACAUCGGAGUUCUCCAAUUAUUUUAAAAUACGAAACAAUCCAGCCCCUGUAGUGCGGGCCGAUUUGCGACGCCUGUUCCAAGUGAAGGAAUUUUAUUUGAACGAUUUGGAUGAUUUAAAUAAUCAUAAAGUCCAAGUGGCUUUGGCAGAACCUGGUAUAUCAACGGAAAUGUUGCAUUUGGCCUUAAAGUUGAUUGUCAUAAUUGAUAAUAUUGAAAAACAAGAAGCAUCUCUAAAUCCGGAUAUCAAUGAUAGGACAAGUAAAACAUCAAUUUUAAUAUUUCUACCCGGUAUAAAUGAAAUUGAGCAAAUGUUAAGAAAAAUUCAAUUACUAUGUCAGGCGGAAAGAGAUAAAGUAAAACUAUGCUGUAUACGUUUACAUUCUGUGGUCUCACCCGAGGAACAAGUUCGAGUAUUUCACCGACCACCGCCGGGUUAUCGUAAAGUAAUUUUGGCCACUAAUAUUGCUGAAAGUUCCAUAACAGUUCCUGAUGUUAAAUAUGUUAUUGAUUUUUGUCUAACAAAGAUUUUGGUCACCGAUAGUGCCACAAAUUUUACCACUUUACAAUUAAAUUGGGCUUCUAAAGCCAAUUGUCGACAGCGUGCUGGUCGGGCUGGACGUGUAAUGAAUGGCAGGGUAUAUCGUUUGGUUCCACGAACAUUUUAUCAGAACUAUUUGGAAGAAUUUAGUGUACCGGAAAUGUUGCGUUGUCCCUUGGAGACGGUGUGUCUAAAAGCAAAAUUACUAAAUAUGGGUUCACCACCAACCGUUCUCAGCUUGGCCAUGAAUCCUCCGAAUUUAAAUGACAUUAAAAAUACCAUCGUAACUCUGAAGGAAAUUGGUGCUUUAUAUAAAUAUAUGGAUGGCGAAUAUGUUGCGGAUGAUGGUGAUCUGACGUUUAUCGGACGUCUUAUGGCUCAUUUACCAUUAGAUGUUCGACUAUCACGACUUAUUGUAUUUGGCUAUAUGUUUAAUUGUUUGGAGGAGUCAAUCAUAAUGGCUGCUGGCCUAAGUGUUCGUUCAAUUUUUAAGUCUGGACAAUAUAGACAUAUUGGUGAACUUAAAGCCUACAUACAAAAACUAAAAUGGGCAGAUGGUUCGGGUUCGGAUCUAAUUGCAAUAGUAUAUGCUUACAAAGAAUGGCUUACAUUCGACCCUGAAGAUGAUGAGGGACAACAUGCCUGGGCAAAUCGUAAAUAUAUCAACUUACGUUCGAUACGUGAAAUGCAUUUACUUGUUGAGGAAUUGAAACAACGUUUAAAGCCGCUUGGCAUAAAAAUUCCACGAAAUAAUCGGCAACAUAACGAUGGCGAUUGGGAAAAAUCCAUUAUAUUGAAAAUCAUUAUUGCCGGAGCAUUUUAUCCAAAUUAUUUUGUCUACACCAAGCUACAACAUCCCGAUAAAGAACGUGCUGACUUCCAUAUAUUAUGCGGACAAAAUCCAAAACGUACGGUAUAUUUUACAAAUUUCGAUACACGCCACAUUGGCCAAUUGUAUGCCCGAUCGAUUAAGGAAUUAUUCAAACCGGCCGAUAUCAAUCCGAAGAAUAUUGAAGUUAGUUUUCAGGCAAAUUGUGAACGUGUAUUGGUUAUAUUUAAAGAUGAUCCCGAUGCAGAUGAUAGCAGUGAUAAGAUAAAAACUCCAGGGUCUGUGUGUGCCGAAGUUUAUAAGGCGAUAAAAAUGCGUUCUUUAAAUUUACCCAAUGCCAUUGAUGUUAUGGAACCUCGUGCCGGUGUUAAAUACGCUGAAGAUCAUGGUUUGGGUUCUAUGUAUGAUGGUGCUUGGCGACCAACAAAACGUCUAUUGGUCAAUGCUGAACUGGUAGUAUUGCCAUCGGUAUUCCAAAGAAAUAUUAGCGGUCUCAUAACUCAUAUUGAAACAUGUAGUAAAUUCUAUUUCCAACCCUUAUCGGAAACUGAAAGAAUCAAUGAAAUACAAGAUAUGCUCGAUGAGGCCAAUAAACAUGAAAAUUGUCGAUUUCCCCAUCCCGGGGCUGUGGCAAAGGGCAUGAUAUUGGCCGCACCGUUUGAGGGUAAAUAUCAUCGGGCUAAGGUGUUAAAAGUUAUCAUUCAAAAUAGGCACCAAGUGGAGGUUAAGGUUUUCUUCAUCGAUUAUGGUAAUGUAUCAAUGGUUGAUUUUAAAGAUUUACGCUACUUGUCGGAGACGUGUAAAUAUUUAGCCGAUAUACCACCACGUUUAUUUGAGUGUCGCUUGGCUUUGGUAGAACCGUCAACAUUAAAAUCAUCCAGUGGCAAAUGGACCGAUGAAGCAAUGGAAUAUAUGCAAUCCCAUGCUGAUUCAGGAAUUAUAGAAAUUGAAAUAUUCUCCGUUGUCGAUGGCAUUUCAAACGUGCUCCUGAAAAAAGAUGGCAGUACAAUUAAUCAUAUUCUGGUGGAAAAGGGUUUGGCUCGCAGUGCUGAUGAAAGUUUUAUGUCAAAGUCUGAUCAUGAUUUGCGUAUGCGUAAACAAUCGGUGGCCAAUCGUUUCCUCGAAAAUGACCACUCACGUCAGAAUGAAGAAUAUUUACGUUCCAUACGUCCAGAGAUUGAUAUGGACACUGAACCACCACCAAGAGAGCUAUGUCGAAAUGUUAUACGUCUCCGUGGACCAUUUAGUCCACUUGAAAUAAAUAUUUAUUCAGCUAUACGUAUUGGUACAUGGAAAUCGGUACAAAUAGAUCGUGAAUCGGUAAAUUAUGAUAAUAUCGAUAGUGAUCCGUUCGAUAUGUAUGAACGUUUAAUUGUGGCCUCAGAUAUUAAUGAAACGUCGAAGGGAGAUUCCCUACUAGCCAGAAGUACAACCCGAAUGCCAAAUAUUCAUGGUUUUGGCGCCCUAAUGACAAUGUUAUUUUGUCCCGCAAUGCAAAUUAAAUGUAAUAAAAUGCGUACGAAAUAUGUUGCUCUAUUGGCCGGUUUGGGUCAUGAUGAAAAUACCUAUGAACCCUUAUAUGCUGAGCAUGAUAUUGUUCUUAAUUUAGAUGUUGACAUACUACCGGAUGAUAUUGAAUUGAUAAAUCAAAUACGAUCAAUGAUGGAUAAGAUACUUUACAUAGAACCCGAACAAGUUGAACUUGGUAAACAUCCCAAAGAAAUGCAAGGAAUCUCAACAACUAUUAGAAAUCUCAUUUUAAGACUCUUAAGUAAGCAGCGUAAAUAUAUUGAAUUACACAUUGAUGUCAAUGACAAUAAAUGGGAGACAUUUGAUGCUAAUGAAAUUAUUACCCCCACCUCCGAGACACCAAAUCGUUCUAUUUUCCCCACUCACUCUUAUUUACGUCUAUAUGAUGAGAAAUUUGAACACAUUCAUACCUUAACUAUGCAUUGCCAGGAACUACAUCGUUUGAGGCAAUUUGAUGGUACAAUCGAACCCACCUCCUGUCGCCUGUGCAGUGUACCCUUGGACAAUAUUGUACAAUUACGCAUACAUUUGUUAUCACAAAUGCAUCGUGAUCGUGAGCAGCACAUUCAUUUCAGUCCCAUAACAAAUUAA